CUCAGUCCCUAAUAAUAAGAAAUCGAGCAAAAACAAUAGGGACCUCCCAGUGGAUACUGGCUCAGUCCCUAAUUAUAAUGUUCCGGGUUUAUUCCAGCAGAGAUCUAGUGGGAGGAGGUCCUUUAUUAACAUAUCCAAUAUAAAAGUCAACAUUAACUUCAAUUUUGUAUUUUAGUUAAUAUUAACCAGCUGCUGUGUGCUUGUUGCUUUGUAUAGAAUGGAUAGAGUGAAUUGAAAAUGAUUCCGGCGUAUUACAUUUUAAAUCAGCUCAUCUUUAAACUCACAAGUUAUAAACGAGGUGUCUUUACUUAAAGGCACAGAGAGAAUUAGUUGUUGUUCAAGCCUUAGCAUUUUGGAAAACAUCUACUUCCAGGAUCAUGGCGGUGGUGAGGAGUGAGGUUAUUCUCUCAGUUUACAUUAUUUCCUUCCUGAUAGGCCUGCCAGCGAACCUCCUGGCUCUCUAUGCCUUCAGUGUUAAAAUCCACUCCAAGCCACAACCAACAGACAUCCUGCUACUCAACCUGAUUGUCUCUGACCUGCUCUUUUUGAUCAUCCUCCCUCUCAAGAUGUAUGAGGCAGUGUCAGGCAUGAAAUGGAAUUUGCCCAAUUAUGUGUGCUCCAUCACCUCCUUCACCUUCUUCUCCACAGUCUACACCAGCUCCUUGAUGCUGAUGGCAGUCAGUGUGGUUCGCUACAUCGGGGUAGCUUUUCCUAUCGCCUAUCAUCAGCUGAAGAAACCUGUGUAUGCAAUAGUUAUCAGUGCUGUUAUUUGGCUGAUCUCAACUGCACACUGCAGCAUUACUUUCAUUACCCAGCACCACCCCUCCUUGUCCAGCAACAAUGCCACCGUGUGCUAUGAGAACUUCACAACAAAGCAGUUGGACAUCCUCCUCAAAGUACGUUUGGAGCUUUUCAUUGUGCUCUGCCUUAUACCUCUUCUCAUUUGUGUUUACUGCUACAUGCGCUGCAUCUUGAUCCUGCACAGUGGACCUAGGAUAUCGCGGAUGCAGAAGCAGAAGGCCAUUGGCAUGGCCGCGGGGACUCUAGCUGUGUUUCUCAUUUGUGUGCUGCCAUACAAUGUGUCUCAUUUAGUGGGUUACAUCCAGGGUGAGAGCCCAAGAUAGAGGUACUACACCCUGCUACUUAGCACCUUCAACACCUGUAUUGAUCCUAUCAUCUUCUACUUUUCCACUAGUGAAAGGUCACUUGUCAGGAAGCGUAAAAUUGCUGUUUCAGGAGUACAAAGACAGGCAACAAGCUCUGGCUGAGAGCAAAUUACACUUUCAAUACAAUAUGUCCAUAUCUAGAUUCAAUAUAAGUCUUGCACUGUAUAUUAGUAGUACAGAUGUUAUCAGAAUGUGUAAUGCUGUACAGACUGUUUUAACAAUUCAGUUUGUUUAUAAGAUAAUGUCUCAUAUCUAGAAGGAAUGCAGAGAUACCACUUUUUUCAGAUCAAUACAAGUACACGUACUUACAUUUUGGUACUUGCCAAAACCGAGUACUGAUAUAAGUACAGUUCUACUUUGAAAACAUGUUUUAUUUUCAUCAGAUGUUCCUCACUUUCUGACUGGAACAAUGCCGUUUAUUUACCACAAAAACCAUUUAUAUAGGACACAGAUAUGUAAAGUACAAGAUAAUGGCACAAUUACUAUUGCACAGCUACUUGUUUUUUGAUGGCAAGACAAAUGUCUUUUCCUUUCUAUUUCUUGUUAUCUUGUUUAUAUACAUUUUAUUGAUGUGUAAAUAUAAAGUGAACAUUUUUAUGAAUGCAAAGCUGAUGAGACUGUACUAACUCAUAAUAAAGAGUUGCAACUUUAGGAAUAAGUGUAAUAAAAGAAAAUCGUGAAAAAUAA